CAUAUUGAUUCGAUUAUAUGCAAACAGAAAAAUACUUCCUAUUUAAUUAUUAUUUUUAAUGGGAUGGUUUAAAUAAUUCCAGAAUAAAAGAAUUAGUCGAAUGAUGGAAGAAACAUCUGGUAAUAUGUUAUCAGUGCUACUUAUCCACACAACUGUUGUGUUAACAGUUGCAGCACAGAUAAACCUUACACCAUAUGGACAUGCUACACAAAGUUCAGUGACACAUAAAAGUGGACCACAAAAUGCUUUAAAGCCUCCUGUAUCAAAUGAAUGGGGUUUUGACAAAUGUACACACACAGUACACGGUCAUAAAACAGCUUGGUGGAUGUUUGAAUUCGAUGCUGAAAAUACAUACAUUACAGAUAUUGAAAUAUUCUACAGGGAAAAAUUUGCUAACCGGAUGGAUGGAUUUAAGCUAUAUGUGACAAAUACUUCAACUAUUCCACCUGACGGUUAUCUCUGUUAUGAAGAUCCUGAUCCUGGUUUUCCAAACAUCACUCAGACUAUUCCUUGUAAUCAGCUUGGAAAAUAUGUCAUUUAUUACGACAUUAAAGGAGAUGAAAAUUAUGGACCAAUUGUUGAAUUAUGUUACGUUUCCAUUAAUGGUUGUCGAAAGAAUUUGUGGGGACGUAACUGCACACAACCAUGUUCAGAGAAUUGCAUAGAGAAUCAUUGCUAUCCUGGCAAUGGAUCCUGUGUUUGGGGAUGUAAGGACAUAAACUGCUUAAAUGAUGUUUGCGAUAAAGAUACUUUGAUUUGUACCGAAGGUUGUAAAGGAGGACGAACUGGACGAUAUUGUAAUAAGUAUGCUAAAUAUUUCGGCGACUCAGAGAUGACAGUUAAGUGCACACCAGAAAUUUAUAAGGUAUAUCCAUCCAGUGGACCUCUUCGUGGUGGUACCAUGUUGACAAUAAGUGGAAAAUACAUUGGAAAUAUUAAGGAUAAAAUUUCGGUCGAUAUCGGUGGAGUACGAUGUCAUAAUGUAACAGUCGAAACCCCCAAUCUCAAUUUGACUUGUGUAACUGGGAAAAGCAACACGAACCACAUGAUCCAGACAAAGGGAAUAUUUGUUACAGUAAAUGCAAAUAUAUUCAACGAUACAAAUACUACAUACUUCAGCUACCAGAACUCUACGAUAUUAGAAUUCUCACCGACAAAAAGUUUCAUAUCAGGGAACACAACUGUAACAAUAAAAGGUCCUAAUAUUGGUUUCGAAGGACAAAAUCGAUACAAUAUUUCGUUUUGUGACAUGUAUAAUUGUAUAGAAUGUAGUGCAUUCCCAGAUACUCUCAGUUCAAAUUACACCAAGUGCAAAACUGGAAAAUCAUCAAGAACUCGAAAUAUGACUCGAUUGCAGGUUAUAAUUGAUGAUUUGACGAUGUUACAUUUCAAAAGAACGUUUCGAUAUUUACCGGAUCCAAAAUUUAAUACAUUUAAUAGAUCCCCGAAAUCCCAACUGAGUGGAGGUGCAACAUUUACAGUUCGUGGGGAAGGAUUCACUAAUGUAGAAGAAGUAACUGUUGAAAGAAUGGAUAAACAUUGCGAUGUACCGGAAGAUACAUUAGCUGUCUGUAAAACACCUCAAAAACUAGGGAAUCAGCCUAAUAAUCAAACAGUUUAUGUUCAUUUUGAUGACGUUACUCUUCCGGUUACUAUAGAAUAUGUGGAAGAUCCUACUUUCGAAAAGUUUCCUGACGUAUACGAGUAUGACAAGGAGUCUUCUAUUCAAAUCAAGGGUAGAAAUAUUUUAAAUGGAGCCCGACUUGAAGACUACCGAAUACAUGUUGGAUUGGAUGGAAGUUGUCUCCUAACUGAUAUUGAUAUGCAAUUGAUCAUAUGUUUCCCACCUAAAUCAGUACCUCGGACUAACAAAACAGAUGUGAAUACAGUUCAUGUAAUUGUGGACGUUGGAAAUAUCAAAGCAUACAUUGGUGACUUACAAUAUAAAGCAGACAGCAACAUAUUAGCCAUCACAGUUGGAAUGUUGACUGCUGCAUUAGUGACAGCUGUUGUCAUUGGCGGAUUCAUAAUAAGGAAGAAGAAAAAGAGGACUACUAAAGAAUACAGAAUGGAACUUCUGACACGGGAGGAAAUGAUACGAGAAGCAAGCAGAGAAGAGUUUGCUGAUGCUCAGAUGAGUAUCAGAGACAUAAAAUCUGACCUAGUUACUUCAAGAGUACCAUUUUGCAACUACCAGACGUAUAUUCUUCAUCAGCUCUUUCCAAAUCAAGAUAUGACAACCAAUAUUUUACUUCAGGAUUUAGAGAUAACAGAUGACAGACAAACCGUCCUAAAAAGUGCAAUGGACAAAUUGGAAACAUUGUUGACGAAUAAGAUUUUCCUGAAGUCACUUAUCCAAACAUUAGAUCGACCAAAUAUGAUUACAAUGCAAGAAAAGGCACAUUUUUCUUCAGUUUUGUCGAUUUCAUUGCUUGGAAAUAUGAGACUGUUCUUCGAUUUGAUCCAUUGUUUGCUCACAGAUAUGAUUCGGUCAUUGACAAAAAAACAACAGAAACUUCUAUUCAGAAGGUUUGACUCUAUAGCCAUGAGAUUAAUGGUAAAUUGGUUACAGAUUGGACUAUACAGACAAUUAACUUCACAUAGCGGUAUGCAAUUGUUCAUGCUAUAUAAAGCCGUACAAACAACCGUCGAAAUUGGACCAAUAGAUGCGCUAACAGGAAAUUCAAAGAACACCAUUGCUGAAGAAAAGCUACUCAAAAUGAGAAGUGAACAUCAAACUAUGACAUUGCAAAUAGAUUUGAAUGGGAAUAGUGACCAGCAUUAUCCUGUUAAUGUACUCGACUGUGAUACAAUAUCACAGGUGAAACAGAAAUGUUGUGCGCAGAUUUAUAAGAAUAAACCUGCUUCAGAAAUACCACACAUUAACGAACUUUCUUUAGAAUGGCAAAAUGGAACAGCCGGAAAACUUUCGUUAAAUGAUAUCGACAACACCAGUGAAAGAAAUAAUGGAUUAGUAUCUUUAAAUACACUUAAACAUUAUAUGGUUACCGACAACAGUAGAAUGACCCUAAUGUACAGGCAACAUGACGAAGAGGAUGCAUAUGUGAGUUUGUCAAGAUUUGGAACAGAAAGUGUGAGGUCAGAGGAUAUUGCAUUACUUGUGCAGAAAAAAGGUGACGACGAGGAGCCAGAAACACACAAAUGGCACUUGUCAAAUCUACCAGAUGACGUAAAGUCAACUCAAGAAGUUGUCUAUGGUGACAUCUUUCUGAAUAGAUUAUUUCAAACGAAGCUACUUCUUGCCGACUACAUUGAUUCUACUUUUGAGGGAUUAGAAGACCAGCAAUCACUAUCCAUUUCAAUCCGCUACUUCUUCUGCAUGUUAGACAGAUUUGGAAAAGAUUAUAAAAUUGAUUCAGAAGUACUGCAAUCAUGGAAAAAUGAAUGUUAUGCUACACGAAUUUGGGCUCCAUUGAUUGGUAAACCAGACAUACUGUUUGAUGUGAAUGUGCCUGGUCAUGUUGAGCCUUGCUUGGAUAUUUUGAGACAAGUUGUUAUGGAAAGUUUCACGCAAACAGCCCAAGAAGUAAACAAGGAGUCACCAACACAGAAAUUAUUGUUCCAUAAAGAUAUACUGAGAUACAGAGAUCUCAUCGAUCCUUUCUUCGCACGUGUAAUGCCAGUGACUGAUCAGGAAUUCUGGAGUGAAAUCGACGAAAUGUCAAAGAGACAGAAAGCAGACCUGAAGUUCAGCAGACAAUCAACACUAGAUCAGCUAUAUCAGUUGUUCAUUGUAAAGUACAGAAGGGAAAUAAUUGAUGAUUUAGAGGACAUGGAAGAAAGUAAAGAUCUAAAAGAAGAAGUGAUAGACUUGAUGGAAGAAACUUCUAGUGAUUCUUAAGUUUAGGAGUAUAUAUUAUAUCACAUAGACUGUGGAAAAGGAUUUUUUAAUAAUGAUUGUAACUUCUUCUGUAGGCUAUGAUGUUUUUUUAUUAUGACAUUGAAUACAUAUGAAUGUAAAAGCCUACAAAUUACCGGUACACUAUUAAUAGAAUGUGACAGCCUCAUUCACUCAUAGUGUUAUGAUUGAAAAAACAAAACCAAAUUAAUGAAUGAAUAGGGUAUGCAAUGUGCAAUUUUAAUCUGCACUUAUUCAGUUCUUACUAAUUUCAAAUCUCUUUUUUAAAUUUAUUGAUACAUGUAAUAUCCUGACAAUGUAAGACAUAUGUAAUAAAUCAUAACAUGUAACAGACAUUUCCAGAAAUAUUAGACAGUACAGCGGACCACACACACCACCUCAUUACAGAGUCGAAAGGCAAGGUCCACAUCUUAUCAUGUUUAUAUAUACAAGUUUUUGACUAGUACGUUACAGGUAUUUUAUUUGGAUGUAUCUUAUACGAUAGUUUGACAUAUUAGUAAGACAUUAAGGUUGUCUUACUUAUUAAAAUUGUUCAACUUUUUUUUAGACAAAGGAAAUCCAAAAUUAUUCUUAAAUAUUGGACAAUUAUAAGUAUAAAUAACCUUGAUAGCAGUUAUCUAUUUUAUUUUUGAACAUCAUUAAAAAGGUCUUUUCUUUUGUUGCUUACCAGAAACAUAUUGAAAAGUUAGUAAUGAAUUGUCAUAUUUUCUUAAAUCAUAAACUUAAACUUUUCAUAGAAAAGUAGGUUAACAUUUUGUAUGUGCCUGUCCAAAGUCUGGAGCCUGUAAUUCAGUGGUUGUCGUUUGUUGCUGUGUUACAUAUUUUUUUUUCGUUCAUUAUUUUGUACAUAAAUUAGGCCGUUAGUUUCUCGUUUGAAUUGUUUUACAUUUGUCAUUUUUGGCCUUUUAUAGCUGACUAUUCGGUAUGCGCUUUGCCCAUUGUUGAAGGCUCAUAUUUUUCCUUUAAGCCAUAUGACCUGGAAUGCAUAAAUUACCUUAAAACUUUUUGCUGUUUUUUAGUAGCUGACCGAAUCAUAUCUUCCCUCAGACAAUCUAUUAGACUGCAAAAUUAAGUAUUGCAUGUCUAUAAAAAAGUUAUUAGAACACAAAUGAUUUGUUUUAGGACAAGAAAGAAAUUGCUACUUCUACUCAAAAUGUGCAUAUAUAGCUGUUAAUUAUGGUUAUUAAUUUCUGUGUCAUUUUGAUCUCUUAUGGAGAGUUGUCUCAUUGGCAAUCAACCACAUCGUCUUAUUUUUAUAAGGAAGUGAAACAAAUUGUAAAUCUAUUUUUAUGUUUUGUGUUAGUACUACUUGUUUGUUUUGUAACAGAAGGCUCAUAAAAUUUUAUACUUCUGAAUAUCAUAAAUUUCUGUGUUCGUGAAACAUAUGAUAUCAACAUUGCAUGUCAAGUAGAAGGUAUAAUAAGCCCACUUGUAUGGCCCAAAAGGCUUUCAUACAUCUACUAAAUAACAUCAUUCGAAUGUUUAUAAGUCAUUAAGUACUCAGUAUUUAGAUGUGAGUCAAGGCUUUACUAAAAAAGAUAUUUUUCUACACAAAUUGGGUUACAAAGAUGUUAAUUUGCGUUAAAUAUUUUUUGGGUUAUGCCUUGGCUCAUAUAUGUUUCGUCUAAAAACUGUGUGUGAAAUGACAAUUUAAGGUGAGAUAUGUCGUUUUCGACAUGUUUAUAGCACAAAUGACCUUGCUGCACCAUAGGGUCCGGAUGAUAGCAGUUUGUACAUAUGUCGUGACUUUACUUGUUUACACAUCAUGAUAUUAAAAGAUACAAAUGUGCUUUAGUAUUUUUAUUAAUAUUUUGUAUACGUUAAUUAAAGCAAAAAAAUGAAGAAAAAAAUGAACAAUCUAAAAAAUAAACAAUACUAAAUAAUCAUAUAAAGUAUAUAUCCCAGAAUAAUGCGUUUGCAAUGAUAAGAAGAAAUAAAAAGAAAAAUCAUAAAUUAAUUAAUUAAUUGAUAAAUUGGUAGAAUAAGCUGUUCAAAACUUUUCCUCAGAGAAAAAAAAAACUGUUAUGCUUUAUUCUAAAGAUAGAACUGUCAGGAUAAGUUUUACCCUAGAAAGUCAGAAAUUGUCACGAUUAGAACUUUCCUAAUCUGUUCACGUAUAGAACUGAUCAAACUGUUUAAAGCUGUUUGGAGUUAUUAUUGUCAAAACUCGUUUAUUGUUCCUGACAGUUUCUGAUAGAUUUAAUUUUAAGAGAGGUUAGAACUGAUCCCAACUGUAUGAAGGUAUGGAUGGAUUCGUGAUGGAAGAGGGGAAUGGUAUGUGUGUGUAUGACUAGACGUCCUGAUUGUAAAUACAUUUUUAUUGGUUGCCUCUAGCAGUUUCACCUCCUCGUCUCUCAUUUUCUUAGUUGCAGCGUACUUCAUACUAGAAUGAAAUUAAAUGAGUUAUUGUUAGCAUGUUCGUUUCAAGUUGUGUUGUUUUAGUUUUAUACCAGUAUUCAAGAAUAAAAUCCUUUUUCCUGU